GAUACCCCCGCAGCCACCUGCGUCGUCCGUCCGUAGUCCCUAAACGCGUCCGCCCCGUCGUUGGUUAUCUUGCAGGGGACCUACCGAAACUACGAUACGCCAGUGAGUGCUGAAGUGCUAGAGGAACCACCCAGGACUGUUGCGGCUUUUCCCAUUCAUGCGGUUGACGUCUUCCAGCAUUUUCAGACAGAACUGAUUCCAACAUAUUGCUUGCCUGUUUUAUCCUCCAUCUGUUUUUUGAGUGGAGAAUAAGACGAUGCCCCAGGUUUCACUUAGGAAGCGACAUACGCCACCUGGUGGCAAUUGGAGAAAGCCGUUUAAUCAAUGUCUCUGAGUUCGAUUAGCUCGAAUUGCAGUUGGCUGGUUGAGUCGAUCGCAGAUGUCCACUUUGCGCUGAUGCAAUACAUUGACAGGUCCACCCGGUUUUUACCCCUCAACAACGGCCACACGUUUUAAUACGGUAACGCAAAAGACAUCAUGGGAGAACAGCUGAGUCCAGAUGAGAAACUGCACCUCAUCACUCGGAACCUUCAGGAGGUGCUCGGAGAGGAGAAGAUUAAGCAGGUCUUGGCCGAGAGGGAGUUGAAGGUGUACUGGGGAACAGCCACCACAGGAAAACCCCACGUAGCGUACUUUGUUCCCAUGUCCAAGAUCGCAGACUUCCUCAAGGCCGGGUGUGAGGUCACCAUCCUCUUUGCGGAUCUGCAUGCGUUCCUGGACAACAUGAAGGCCCCCUGGGAGCUGCUGGCGCUCCGGGUUCAGUACUAUGAGCAGGUCAUCAAGGCCAUGCUGGAGAGCAUCGGGGUGCCUCUGGACAAACUGAAGUUCAUCAAGGGGACAGAGUACCAGCUCAGCAGAGAGUACACUCUGGAUGUGUACCGAUUGUCGUCAAUGGUAACAGAACACGAUGCCAAGAAGGCUGGAGCUGAAGUGGUCAAACAAGUGGAUCAUCCUCUGCUGAGUGGGCUCCUCUACCCGGGGCUUCAGGCUCUGGAUGAAGAGUAUCUGAAAGUAGAUGCCCAGUUUGGUGGAGUGGAUCAGAGGAAGAUCUUUACCCUGGCAGAGAAGUACCUUCCCACUCUGGGAUACGCUAAGCGUUCCCAUUUGAUGAAUCCCAUGGUACCUGGUCUAACUGGGUCAAAGAUGAGCUCUUCAGAGGAGGAGUCUAAAAUCGACCUUUUGGACAGGAAGGAGGAUGUCAAGAAGAAGCUGAAGAAGGCGUUCUGUGAACCAGGCAACAUCGAGAACAACGGAGUCCUGUCUUUCGUUAAACAUGUCCUGUUCCCACUAGCUGGAGAGUUCUCCAUCAAAAGGGACCCCAAGUUUGGCGGAGACAAAAUCUACACCAACUUUGAGGAAGUGGAGAAAGAGUUUUCUGAAGAGCUGAUCCAUCCUGGUGACCUGAAAGCGUCUGUGGAGGUGGCCCUAAACAAGCUGUUGGACCCAAUCAGGAAGAAGUUUGAAUCACCGGAGCUCCGCAAGCUUACCAACCUCGCUUACCCAGACCCUUCGAAGAACAAGGGACCAGGGAAGGGCAACCCUAAAGCAGCUGAGGACGACGAGCUGGUUCCCUCUCGACUGGACAUUAGGGUCGGCAAGGUCAUCAGCGUGGAGAAGCAUCCGGAUGCUGAUUCGCUGUACCUGGAGAAGAUAGACGUGGGAGAGGCGGAGCCAAGGACGGUGGUCAGCGGCCUGGUGGCCUACGUUUCCCAGGAGGCCCUGCAGGACCGGCUGGUGUUGUUGCUUUGCAACCUGAAGCCCCAAAAGAUGAGGGGGGUGGAGUCUCAGGCCAUGCUGCUCUGUGCCUCCAUUGAAGGAGAUCCCAGGAGGGUGGAGCCUCUUGACCCUCCGGAGGGGUCGGCGCCGGGAGACCGGGUGUACGUUGAAGGGUACGAGACUGGCAAGCCGGACGACAAACUCAACCCAAAGAAGAAGGUCUGGGAGAAGCUACAGGUGGACCUGAAGGUGUCUGCGGACUGUGUAGCCCAGUGGCAGGACAAACAUCUGAUGACCAAACUGGGAAACAUCACUUGCAAAACAUUAAAGGGAGGCAACAUCAGCUAGAACACACACACCGUUAUUCGCUACUCACAUGGAGUAAUAAUCAUUCUGCCAUUAAUACUAUUAUCAGAAGAGCACAGCAAUAUGUGUUUUCAAAAACCUGUAUAUUUACUAUUGAUAUCAGUGAGGCGUUUGGGAAAUGAUUUGUGGACACUAUUGAGCCAUGUUGGUUGCUGUCAUGAACCAAGGGCCCGGUUGUGAGCAGUCGCCAGACUUGGACUCUACCGCCACAGUUCAUGUACAAAUGUGUGUAGAGAAUGGACAUAGAUCUGUCACCUAGAAUGUGGUGCGAUCUGUGCCGUACUUACCAUCUCUGUCGGCCGUGUUGCCCCUCGUUGUGCGGGUCCUUGCUCUAAGACUGUAUGUGGCGGGGUGUUUUACCAUCAACGGUUGGCUGAUGGUGUUCGGGGGUCAAUGCCACUAACAUCAGCAUUUCAGCGGUCAUCUGUCUCAUUGCUGCUUCAACUCUGUAUGGAAAUAAAUUUGCUUCUGAUGCCGUGAACA